AUGCCUACUGGUUCAGUUCUCGUUGCCGGUGGCACUGGCUACAUUGGCUCCUUCACCACCCUAGCUCUUCUCGAGGCUGGCUACAAGGUUGUCGUGGCCGAUAACCUAUACAACUCCUCCGUUGAGGCUUUGAAGCGGGUUGAGCUCAUUUCUGGCAAGAAGGCCGACUUCGUCCAGCUCGAUGUCACCGAGGAGAACGCUUUCGACAAGGUGUUCGAGGCCCACCCCGACAUUGACAGCGUUAUCCAUUUCGCUGCCCUGAAGGCUGUUGGCGAGUCUGGCGAGAAGCCCCUGGACUACUACCUGGUCAACGUCUACGGAACCAUUAACCUCCUGCGCUCAAUGGUCCGCCACAAUGUCACCAACAUUGUCUUCUCUAGCUCUGCCACCGUCUAUGGCGACGCAACCCGCUUCCCCAACAUGAUCCCCAUCCCCGAGGAGUGCCCUCUGGGCCCCACCAACCCCUACGGCAACACCAAGUUCGCCGUCGAGAACGCCAUCACCGACGUGAUCAAUGCUCAGCGCAACAAUGCCAUCAAGGCCGGCAACGAGGUCGAGGCCAAGAAGUGGAACGGCGCUCUGCUGCGCUACUUCAACCCCGCCGGUGCCCACCCCUCCGGCAUCAUGGGCGAAGACCCCCAGGGCGUUCCCUACAACCUGCUUCCCCUGCUCGCCCAGGUCGCGACCGGCAAGCGCGAGAAGCUGCUCGUCUUCGGCGACGACUACGACUCCCACGAUGGCACUGCCAUCCGUGACUACAUCCACAUUCUCGACUUGGCUGAUGGCCACUUGAAAGCCCUCAACUACCUGCGUGCCAACAACCCCGGUGUUCGCGCCUGGAACUUGGGUACCGGCAAGGGCAGCACUGUCUACGAGAUGAUCAAGGCUUUCUCUACUGCUGUCGGCCGUGACCUUCCCUACGAAGUCGCUCCCCGCCGUGCUGGUGAUGUUCUUAACCUCACUGCCAACCCCAAGCGUGCCAAUACCGAGCUGGGCUGGACUCCCAAGUUCACUCUUGAGAACGCUUGCGAGGAUCUCUGGCUCUGGACCAAAAACAACCCCCAGGGUUACCGCCAGGAGCCCCCUGCUGAGCUGCUUGCGAAGCUUAAGAAAUAG